AUCUCACCGUAUCACGACAAUGCUGAUAAUGUGUUCGGUGUCAAGCACGUGGGCCUGCCCGAUGGUUGCCAGGUGGAGCAAGUGCACACUCUCCAGCGUCACGCCGAACGCUUCCCUACUGGGGCCUUUGACGAUGGCUCGAACAACGGAAACUUCGCUGCUAAGGUGAAGAACUUUACCAAAGCUCACUCCGAAGCUCAAUUUACCGGUCCUCUGUGUUUCCUCAACUCUUACCGAUAUAAUCUCGCCAGUGGCUUCUUGACAGGUCGUGGGGCUAGCACCGAGUUUAUGUCGGGUAUCUCCUUCUGGGAUACCUACGGACGCAUCCUAUACAAUGCAACCGCCGGCCAGGUUCAGUACAACUCAUCGUUCACCAACGGAACUUCGCGCCCAAAGCCCGUCCUGCGGACGACCGGCCAGAGCCGUAUCGAAAACUCGCAGAUCUCGUGGAGCUUAGGCUUCUUUGGUCCUUCAUUCAACGAAGUCGCCGAUCCUGCGUUGACUUCGUUCGCGAACGGCUCCCUCUUCGACGUUGUGGUCAUUCCUGAAGGCGGCGUGGAGAACAACACGCUCGCAUCAUACGACUCUUGCUAUAGAGAUCUCCUCGAUGAUGUAUCAUACUUCGGAGAUCGUCUCAUGUUCCUGCAGUAUGUGCCUUUGUACAUCGAGAAUGCCACGGCGAGGAUCAACAAAUACGCGCCAUCCGGAUUUCAGUUCAACAACAACGACACUUAUGCUAUGCAAUCGAUCUGUGCCUACGAGCAUGCAUACAUCGGUAUGAGUGACUUCUGCAAUCUGUUCACGCUGGAGGAAUGGCAAGGCUUCGAACAGACGCUCGACAUCGAGUACUACUACGACUAUGCCUGGGGCAACCCAACUGGCCGUGCUCAAGGUCUGGGCUACCAGCAAGAACUGCUCGCUCGCCUGAAGAAGGAGUAUAUCAAGAGCAGCAACAGCAGCGUGAACAGCACCAUCACCAACAACGCCGAUGACUUCCCACUCGGGCGCCCAUUCUACGCGGACUUCUCUCACGACGACAUUAUCAUCUCGGCGCUGACCUCGAUGUCUGUCGACUACUUCAAAGACGCCCCGAACAUCACACAAUUCCCACCUGACGCAGACCGCCACUUCGUCCUCUCCAGGUUAACGCCGUUCGGUGCUCGUCUAAUCACGGAAGUCGUCGGAUGCUCGCAGUGCGAUCCUGCCGCAGUGGAGGAUCAUCGCACGUACUAUUAUCCUGGCCAGUAUGGCUACGAUCCCGCCAACGCAACGCAUAAGUUCAUUCGGAUGCGCCUGAACAACGGCAUCGUCCCACUGGACACCAUACGCGGUGGCAAGUGUCAAGGUCGGACUGACGGGCUCUGCGCCAUGGAAGACUUCCUCUCCAGUCAAGAUGAGGCCAUGAAGCUCGCGAACUACGACUUUGCGUGCUUCGCAAAUUACACGAUUGCCAAUACAAGCACUCCGCAUGACUAUGACGGUACUGUCAACAACAGCACAGAAGGCAUGUUGGUUUUGAGCUGGAGAUGA